UAAGGUAGGUCACUGGUGGCUGACCAUCAAAAAAUUGAUUUUUUGUUUUUUGGUUAUUACCCCUCCUUAGUCAUCUAAGAUUAAGAUCCUGACCUUUCUCAACGAAUUCCAAUCUUUUUUUGCUAGAUUAUUUUACUUUUUUCUGAGGUACUACCUCGCGAUCAGCUGAUUUUUUGUCUUUGCCGAAAAUUUUUUUAGUUUUUUAAAGAAGCCAAUUUUAUCUUCUGGGACAGCGAAGUCCAACAAAUUUGACAUCGUUUGAAAGCCCUAUGCAAGCUCUAUCAACCUCUUGUUGAUGUUUUCAAAUUGGGACACCCUAUUGAAAAUAAAAUAAUGUUUUUUCCCUAGUAGUAUGACAAAAGAAAUCUGGUUGCCUAGAUACUCAUGUAACGGUCUCACUUCUGGUUGGUUCAUUCGAAAAAUUCUGACUUUUGAUUGGAUAGUCUCGUUUUCAUUUCAUAGACGCGCUUGUUCGUUCUGUAGCUAGGCCCCAAUUUUUUCGAUUUUGACGUUAAAAGUUUAUCAAAUAUUGUGAAUCGAGAGUUAUUAAUUUAACAGAAGCUGGCAUAAAGUUGUAAGUUAUCUUCUGUUUCAAUCUGUCAUGGGAAGAACCAAGUUUCGAUCGUGCAAGCCGUUUACUGGACGCAGGAAGCAAGUUAGGCGUCGAAAGACUACUGUUUGUCAAGUUGAGGGUGAGGUUUCAGCUAGCGCGAGAAAGCUGAGCUACUUUGGAGUAAAUUUGGAUUCUUUGGUACAACAAAAAUACCCAAAAAGUCGCGAAGAUGAAGACUGCUAUCUUAUGGUACAGCUGUCCUCGAUGCAGGCACUUUUGACUGCCUUGGCUUGCCCUCAUUGUCUUUCAAUUGGAGUUCAAAUGGCAAUACCCGAAGGCUCUCACCUCGGGUUCUCUGUAAAGUACCAAUUAAAUUGCUCAAAAUGUGGACAGUUCAUCAGUGAAGGCUACCUUUCUCAGAGGAUAGAAGAAUCAAAAUCCAGUAUGCCUUUUGAACUGACUACAAGGGCGAUUCUUGCUUUCAGAGGCAUUGGGUGUGGAUAUUCGGAUAUCACUGAAUGGUGUGGCAUGAUGAAUAUGCCCUACAAAAUGAGCCACGACACUUACUCAAGGCACAAUGCAAAAGUUCAUGAGGCAAGUAAAUCCUGUUUUAAGAACGUACAGGAAAAAUCAAUCGAUGUCAUAAAACAAGCCUACAGAGACAUUGGUGUGGUUCCUGAUAAAAAUGGGAUUUUGAAUAUUUCUGUUUCUUUUGAUGGAACAUGGCAGAGGAGGGGUCAUUCCUCACACAAUGGUGUUGGAGCAGUUAUCGAGCUUAUCACUGGCCUGCCCAUUGACUAUGAGAUCCUUAGCAAUUUUUGUUUGAAAUGCAAAAUUGCUGAGGAAAACCCACUAAACAAAGAAGAUCAAGAAAAACAUUUGCAAAAUUGUGGGAAGAACUUUGAUGGCUCAGCAAAUUCAAUGGAGGCAGAAUGUGCAGUGAGAUUGUGGAGAAGAUCAAAAGAAAAUUUUUGUCUCCAUUACACAACAAUGCUAUCUGACGGAGACAGUAAAGCUUAUGCUGCUGUUGUUAAUGAUUCUCCAUAUGGUGAAGACAUAGUGAUAGAGAAGGAGGACUGCAUCAAUCAUGUCUCCAAGAGAAUGGGCAAAGCACUCAGAGAUUUUGUUGCUAUUUGCAAAUCCCAAAAGCAGUCAGUUUCUGGGAAAGGAAAGCUGACCAAUGAAAAGAUAACAAAAAUUCAAAACUACUAUGGUCGCGCCAUUAAAGAUAACACUGAUGACAUUGAUGUAAUGAGAAAGAGAAUAUUUGCCAUUUUAUUUCACAUGUCCUCAACAGAUCAAGACCCAAAACAUGUUCACUGUCCACCAGGAGAAAGUUCCUGGUGUUUCUGGCAAAGGGCUUUGGCAAAGUCUGUACCUCCUGGUGGGCAUAAAGAUCAUGAAACAUUCCCAACAGAGAUUGGAAAGAAGCUAGUGCCAAUAUUCAAUAGGUUAAGUGAAGUUGGCUUGCUAAAAAGAUGUGCUCGUGGCUCAACUCAAAAUGCAAAUGAGUCAAUGCACAGCAUUCUGUGGAAGUUUUGUCCAAAAAAUACUUUUUGUGGAAAAAAUACGAUAGAAACUGGAGUUGCAUUGGCAUUAUCUCAGUUUUCAAUGGGGGCAUCAUAUAAAAACAUGAUUUUUCAAGUUAUGGGAAUAGAACCUGGCAAAUAUUUAGAAAGAUCAGGAAUUGCAAAGGAUGUAAAAAGGAUAAGAAAAGCUGAGAGGGCUAUGACAACCACUGCCAAGAAGAGGAGAAAAGAAUUGAAAUUUAAGAAAUCACGAUCUAGUAAGGACGCAAGCAAGCGAGAAGGAAAAAUGUAUGAGAGUGGAGGUUUUGAUGUUUAAUCUGAUUGAUUUGGUGGACAUGAACUGUUUUGAAAGUAAAUUUAUCAUUUAUAUAAUUGAUAUAAUAAUGAUUGCUCUAUAAAUAAUUAUUUUCUAUGUUAAAACUGCUUGAAAAUGUAUGUUCUCUAAACGUUUUUUGCUUCCAAAACUUUAACUGCGAAUUAUUCAAGUAUGAUUUUGGGCCCGCUGACCGAACUAAGUGAACAAGUUUUAUAAUGAAGGUUAAUCCAAACUUCUAAAACCUAUAUAUCAAAAUGAUCCUUAAAUCAUGAAGAGUGCAAUAAAGAUGCUUGAUUUGAGGUAGACAUACAGGGAUUCAUUCCUUAGGCAACAAUCUAAAAAACAUUUCAAGGCUGGAUUAUCCCGUUUUUGUAUUUUUACAUCAAUUUUUACAAUAAGUGUAAUAAAGUGGAAAAAUAGGGCUUAGUUGCACUCUCCAGCUCUUAACAAACAAUUUGAUAUAAAGGACAAUACUUUUUGAUGAUGCUGUUAGAAAAUCAAUGCACACUUAACUUUCGAAUUUUCAGAAACAAUAGAUCGCUCGUUACCAUAGCAACGGUUAAUCAAAUCAUUUUGUAAUUUAAAUUUUUGAAAUCUACAGUAUCACUUUGGUCAGAUUUCAUUAAACUGAGAUCUCUAACUGAUACAACCUCAACAUAAAACUAAAAAAUAGCUCGAGAGCCCUAUACCACCAGUGACCUACCUUAAAAGCAAAAUUCGGAAUUUCUUUGUUGUUACUGCGCCUUUGCUAAAGAAGUACUAUUUUAAAACCACUGAGUUUACGAAAGUUUUACAGGCUUGUGUUCGCAGAUUCGGCAGUAAAAGAAAGUACAAAAUUCAAUAAGCGUGUUCUGAUUUCUUGGCUCGACGGUUCCUAUAGUUUCAUCUAAUUCAACAACGACUAAACGGGUCAAUUCGGCAAAACUGGUAUGCUUCAAACUUCUUGAAAUAACAACGCCUAUCCGAACAUCUGAAAUCACGUCUAAACUCUAGCGACUAAAUUCAACGACUGAAUUACUCAAAAAAAGCCAACAAAUACUUUACUCAACAGCAAUUAAGAUAAUUUAGGACAGUUAUACAAAACAGAACAAAGGAGCUGAUCACAAGACAGGAUGUUACAUGGAAAGUGGCCAAGGUGCGAACGAAAGUCAAGCACGCAAAUGAAAUUCAAACAGCAAACAAGUAAAAGUUUCCUUGACGAAAUUCUGUCCUUUUAUGCUAUGGAGGUUUUGGUAUCACAUUUCAAUUAAUAGAGGUCCUGAAAUUAGGAACUUUGGUUGUUCUGCAGGAUUAUUUUUGGCUGUUGUGAAGCAUCGUCGUAUUUUGCAGCUGUUCAGCAGCAAAAUCUUUUAAUUAAUUUGCAGCAGUAUCCUUUCAGCUGUUCUAUAGUAGCGUUGUUUUAGCUGAUAUGCAGACUUUUUCCUUUAGCCAAGGAAUUUUUCCUGAGGCUAGAUGUUUUUUAGGAUAAUUUGAAGCUUGGAUUCUCCUAGUAUUGCUCUCAAUUCAACAUUGGUUUUUUUCUUCAUCUAAACACUACAAUUAUUUUCUUAAACCAUUAAAGAACAUUUAUGGAAGACAUCUUCAGUUGCAAGUUAUCCAGGGCCCGCGCCUUCAUCCGAAACUGGAGAGUUCAGCAAUGUAAAGAAAGCCCGAAUUCUGGCAAAAAUUUUGCUGAGGCUGUUUUAGUUGUGGACUUUGGUUCAAUGCAU